AUGUUCCUCCACCCGCUCCUCCUCAACACCCUCACAGCCGCCUACAUCCUCCCCUCUCCCUCUCCCUCUCCCUCGCCCCCCAAAAGCAACAAAUGCACAUUCACCCUCCUCCACCGCCAACAGCACUCAACAACUUACAUCCACCUAACCACCAUCACGGACCACGCAAACGCCCUCACCAUCGACGUCGCCUCGCACCGUCCACCCACCGCGUUCAACAGCUACACGCGCCUCUCGCCAACCCACGCCUUCGCCGUAGCAGGGCUACUGGAAGAGCAGCGUCUAACCAUCAGCAGCGCCGAAGCCGGCAUCCUGAGCUUCCAAGUCGGCGACGCGCAGUGGCGCAUUCCAGACGCCGCGAGCUCGCAGGGAAACGACGAUGUGGAUAGAGUCGGCUGUGAGGUUGGAGCGUGGUUUCAAAGCGGGAGGAGAAGCCAGGAGCGUAGACUGAAUUGCGGAUUCCUGUGCGAAGAGAUUGAUGGUGUGGAGCGGGAGGGUGCGUUUGCGGGAGCUCGUGGGGACGGGCAGGUGAGGUUUGGGUCGCCUUGA